AUGUCAAGCUGCAGUAUCGAUGUUGCACCUGCAGAACAACUCUGCUACAUCCCUUGCAACUUUUGCAAUAUUGUUCUUGCGGUGAGUGUUCCAUGCAGUAGCUUGUUUGACAUAGUGACCGUUAGAUGUGGUCACUGCACAAAUCUAUGGUCUGUGAACAUGGCUGCAGCGUUUCAGUCACUUUCAUGGCAAGAUAUUCAGGCACCUAACCACUGCAUGAAUCCAGAGUACAGGAUUCGAACCACCGGCAACACUUCCAAAUGCAACGAUAGGAUCGCGAUGCGCACCGCACCAACCGCUCAUGUUACUCAAGAAAGAGUUGUUAACCGCCCUCCCGAGAAGAGGCAGCGUGUACCUUCUGCUUAUAAUCAGUUCAUAAAGGAAGAGAUUCAGAGGAUUAAGGCUAAUAAUCCUGAUAUUAGUCACAGAGAAGCUUUCAGUACAGCUGCAAAAAAUUGGGCACAUUUUCCUCAUAUUCAUUUUGGGCUCAUGUUGGAGAGCAACAAUCAAGCUAAGAUGGAAAAUGUGUCGGAGAAGCGUUUGAUGUCAAGGGCUGCACUAAUGAAUAUGAACAAAUGA